AUGGCCUUCAACAUUCAACAUUCUGCACGACAACAACCGCCCGUUGUAGUGGACACCGCAAUCGACCAUGCCGUCCCGCCCUGGGUACAUUUUGCGGCCGGCGCGUCUGGCGGACUACUCACCUCAAUCAUCACCUCUCCGCUUGACGUGCUGAGGACUCGCAUGCAGUCCGACCUAUACCUGACCGCGUCCCGAUCGCGGGCCACGCCGAGCACACCUUCGGUAUUGCGUCUUGCCAGCAGCCCGCUCCGUCAUAUAUACGAGACUUUCGAGACGAUUGGCGCGAUACACCGGACCGAGGGCUGGCGCAACUUGUUCCGAGGUCUGCUCCCCAGCCUCGUCGGUGUUGUGCCCGCCCAGGCCAUCAAGUUCUACGCCUACGGCAACUGCAAACGCCUGGGUGCGCAGCUUCUCGGCCGCACCGAAAACGAUACCCUGGUGCACGCGCAAGCCGCCGUCGCUGCCGGCAUCGCCACAGCCACGACAACGAACCCCAUAUGGCUGGUCAAGACGCGCCUUCAGCUCGAUAAGAAGCAAUCCCGACUGUACAGCGGGGUCAUGGACUGUGUGCGGCAGGUUCUGAAGAACGAGGGCAUUACAGGCUUUUAUAGAGGCUUGAGUGCGAGCUACCUAGGCACGCUGGAGACUGUGGUACACCUGGUCCUUUAUGAGCGUCUCAAGACGCUUUUUCGCCAGGAGAGCGUCUCUGGAGUAGCGUCGUCCCGUCGCAGCGAGCUGGUGCACUGGGCCAACACGGCGGGGGCGGCAGGUUGUGCAAAGGUGGCUGCCGUCCUCAUCACAUAUCCUCACGAGGUAAUCCGCACACGAUUGCGUCAAGCUCCAGUAAACAGCUUGGGCCGAGUACAACAAACGAGCCUCGUCCAGUGCUGCCGGACAACGUGGGCGCGUGAGGGCUGGCGCGGAUUUUACGCCGGCCUGACGCCGCACCUGGUGCGGUCCAUCCCCUCAGCCGUCAUUACAUUCGGAGUAUACGAGUUUGUUCUGAGACUGGCUGGAGCCAGCUCUUGA